AUGCGCGAGUUCAUGCACUACAUCACCAAUGCAUUUUACGGCGCAACAGGGUGGAAUGACGACAACACCUACAAGGAGCUCAACGUCACCGCGAGGGAGCUCAUCGACUUCCCGCUCCCGCGCGGCCUCCGUCUCACUCUCUCGUCCCUCGCAACCCCCCACUUCGCAACCAGCUACCAACUGGGAAGCAUCGGCGUCGUAGAUGGCUCCAUCUCCUAUCUCCACAGCACCGUCCCGCUGACCGGUGUCGCUGCCCGCUCCGACCACAUUCCUUUGCCGACUCUCCUCCGGUCGUAUCGCCGGCUACAUGAUUUGGGUUCGAGGAACACUGGCAGAUGGGGGGUUCCGAAAGGGGAGGGGGUGGUGGAUGGCGUGGAGGAUCAAUGCGGGGACUCUCUCUUUUACGGACGUUUAUAUCUGCCGCAGUCGCUUCUCGAGGGCCUGGUCGUCCGCCGGUUUAGUGCGGACCUGCAAGUACAGCUAUCUGCCGUCAGCGAGCGCUCUCUUCGCAACGGUGGGACCCUACUCGGCCUCAUUCAGUAUGACCGGGGCAAAUACGGCAUCGAGGGACUCGCUUCCACAGAUGGGGGCCUCCUGGGCUUUCGUGGGCUUUACAACUUUGGCGGAGACGCGUCACCACCCCGAUCCCCCAUUGCAGGCACACCGGUUAGCGGUGGGACGCCCACGGGGAACAACGGCAGCGGAAACGACCAACAGACAGCAGCCACGGAACGGGAACGGGACCGCAUCUACGGCCGCUUCAGCGCCGGUGGCGAGGUCUACUACGGCACGCUCAACAAAUCCGGCGGCACGUCACUGGGUUUACGCUUCGCCACGCUUCCUACUCACCGCGGAACCCCACUAACCACCACACUGACCAUCAACCCGCUCAUGGGCAACAUCAGUGCCACCUACGCCGUGCUCGCCCGUGAUUACUGCUCGCUAGCCACUCGCAUGGAGUUUAAUGUCUAUAGCUAUGAGAGCGAAUGGGCUGUGGGCAUGGAACUGUGGAGUAACCGCAGGCCGGCUGGAUUCUUACUCGGCGCUGACCCCAGGAGUGCGAGUGCCCGUGAAGAGCACAAACCCCAACCGUCACCUCCCGAACCCUCGAAAAAGGAGAGAAGUUUCCAAGCCAAACUAGAAUGGCGCUUGGACGAGGAUGAUGAUACCAAGGACAACGAAAAAGAAGCAUAUCGAGGCGUCCUCAAAGCCCGCCUUGACCAGAACCUGCGCAUUGGUCUGCUCUGGGAGGGCCGAGUCAAAUCACUCAUCUUCAGCCUCGGCUCAGGGAUCGACUUACGCAAGUUGGACGAACCGUUCCGAAGCUUGGGCAUGGAGAUUCAGUUUUCGUCGUGA